UUUGAAUUCUCGUUUACUUUAUAUUCUAAGAAGAAAAGCCUCUCUUUUUUUUUAUCAUAAAACGAUUAUUUUCUCUUUAUCUCCUGUGCUGCCUUUGUCUCCCAAAGAGUCUAUCGGAUUUGCUUUUGGGCUUUUUUUAUUGACACACGAUUAUGGUAAGCAUGGAGGCAACAGCUUCCAUCGACAAGUACGAACAUACCGUAGAGGACGUUAUGUAUGUAGUAAAUAAUAUACCGGGGCCCGGCGUAGACGUAGCGGAUUUUGAAGCGGAAUACAUCGUGGGUUGUUCCUGCACGGUUAAAUGUGAUAACUGUUCGUGCACUCGCGGUUCUGCUAAUUACUUCAAUGCCCGAAUCGUCGACGAGAAAUUGGCCGGUCCGGUAUUCGAGUGCAACCCUCAUUGCAAGUGCGGACCAAAUUGCGGAAAUAGAUUAGUGCAGAAUGGUCCGCUAAAUUGUUUGAUUGUCAAAGAAAUUGCCGGCAAGGGUCUCGGUCUCUUCACGACUAGAUUAAUCAAAAAGGGUCAAUUCAUCUGUGAGUACGCUGGUGAAGUGAUCGGCCCGCAGGAGGCGCGACAUAGAAUCGAAGCCAAUAAAAGGCAUAAUAUGAUGAAUUAUGUUCUCGUGGUAAGGGAACACGUUGGUGAUCGUGUUAUCGUCACUUGUAUAGAUCCAAAAUACUUUGGUAACAUUGGACGUUAUGCCAAUCAUAGCUGCGAUCCUAAAUCUAGCCUUGUCCCGGUCAGAGUAGAAGGAAUCGUGCCUCGGUUAGGCUUGUUUGCAUCUAAAGAUAUAGAGAGUGGGGAAGAAGUGACUUUUGAUUAUGCUGGUGGUGCAAUGGCCAAUUCCGUCCAUUAUCUCAGUGAUACUCCUUGUCUUUGUGGUUCUAACAAUUGUUUCAAUUAUUUACCACACAAUCGGAUUUGACAGUAUGAAGUAUUCUCGUAUAAUAUAAUAGUGACAAAGAAAUUAGGCUAAAAAUGUUCAAAAUUUAAAUAUCACAGAUCUAAAUUGAUUGUAAAUUAGAAAAAGUUAUAUCUUGAAAUUUGAUAUUGUAAAAAUCAAAACAAAUGUUGCAGAACAUUAUAAACUUGAAUUUUUAGAAAUAUAUAUGUCUAAAAAUAUAACUUCAUAUAUAUAUGAAAGAGAAAAAGAGAGUGUAUAAAAUAGAUAGUACAUUAUACAUAUAUAUACACACACAUGUGUGUAUAUUUAUCGCAUGAUUCUUUGCAAUGAGUCAAUAUUAUUACUUGUUAAAAUAUAGUAUAUUCCAAGAGAAAUAAGACACCCUGUGUAUCAUCAUGUUGCAACUAUGUGACUUACAAUAUUUCUUGAAUAGAAAUUAGUUAUUAUACUUAAAAAUAUAUACUUAUAUAUAUUUAAAUAGAAUUUUGUUAUUUGAUAUUUUAUUUAAAUAGUAUUUAAUUGCUGCGUUCUUUUUAUUAUAUGCAGUUUAUCGAUAUAAUAUUAAUAUGCAUUAAGAUGAAUGAGUUAUCUCUUCAUUGUUCUGUCAAAUAAUUUAUAUAAUGUGCCAACGGAAUUAUUUUUAUUAGUUAAAAGUAGAAUGUUUCCUAUUUGAUAUUAAAUCUUUAACAUUUUCUUUACAUUUAACUCAAAAUAAAUAAUCAAUACAAAAUGUUCAUGUAAUUGAAAAAAAAUAGGUGUUCUCAAAAUUGCGAAUGUUGGUAUAAUUGUGUAUGUAUUUGACUAUAAUCAUAACA